AUGACUGUUUUGAUAACUGAGGAUCCUGGUAGGUCAAUCGAUGUUUACUUAAGGCCGUUGGUUGAUGAGCUCAAGGAUUUAUGGACAAAUGGUGUGCGCACGUACGACAAAUCCACUAGGAAGAUGUUCACUUUGCAGGCAGCAGUUAUGUGGACUGUGAAUGAUUUUCCCGCAUAUGCAAUGGUUUCAGGGUGGAGCACAAAGGGUUAUAUGGCAUGCCCUGUAUGCAAGGAAGAUGUAACUUCUGGUUGGCAGGAUGGAAAAGUUUUUUAUCUUGGUCAUUGGAAAUGGUUGCCAUGGGACCACGAGUGGCGGGAAAAUGAUAAAGAGUUCAACAAGAACAUAAAGCGUCACCUCAGACCUAGAGAAUGGUCCGGUGAUGAGAUUUUGGAACAGCUUAACCGUUUGGAUUUUGCUCAGUUCGGGAAAACAGUUAGUCGGACCAGACCUUCUACACAUUUGAACUGGACGCACAAGUCUAUGUUCUUUGAGCUCCCAUAUUGGUCGAAACUAAAAUUGAGGCACAAUCUCGACGUUAUGCAUGUUGAGAAAAAUGUGUUUGACACAUUGAUGGGUACGAUUCUAGACAUCGAGGGCAAGACAAAGGACACGAUCAAAGCUCGUCUUGAUUUGGAAAGAAUGGGCAUACGAAGAGGUUUACGGACGAAUAGGGACAAUGAUAAAGCUAAAAGGGAUCUUGCUUUUCUUUUCUUUUUUUCCAUGAAACCGAAUGACAAAAAAGAUUUUCUAAAGUUUGUAUCGUUUGUAAAGUUUCUCGAUGGGUAUGCUUCUAAUAUCAUGCGUUGCGAGAAUGUUGACGGGGGUAAAUUUGCUAGACUAAAGAGCCAUGACUGCCAUGUGUUUAUGCAAUGCCUACUUCCUAUGGGUAUUCAACACCUUCUAUCGAAAUAUGUAGUGAAACUAAUCAUAUUGUUGUCUAGAUUUCUUUACAAGUAUGAUCCACGUGAUGGUUCAUUUGCCAGAAGAGGCAUUGCUUGUUGGAUGUAUCUAAUAGAAAGGCUGCUCGGAGAGUUGAAAAAAACUGUACGCAACAGGGCGAAGCCUAAAGGAUUAAUUAUAGAGCUUAGGGCACGACCCUUUGGAGAUCCUGUACGAGAAGAGUUGUUUUCCAGAAAUGACAUGGAGGUAGCGCAUUGGUUCGUACUGAACAAUUGUGAUGAGAUAAUGGCAUACUUAGAUGAGCAUGAAGAGAUGAUGAAACGAGAACAUCCAUCACAUUUGUAUGCCACGAAACACCACAGCGAGAACAUCCAUCACAUUUGA